AUGACUUUCAUUCAUUACAAUAAAACAAAUAAUGCAGCUGAUCCAAAAAGUGUUUGUUAUAGAAAAAAAAGCAGCGAAUAUUCUGGAAAAGUGUUCAUGAAUGCAUCAUUGUCUAACAAAUUUGCAGUAGCAGUUCGGCCAUACACAGCUGAUAUAACAAAUAUUAGUCCAGUCUUGCUUAUGCAUAUAUUUACCCCUGUACUGGUUUUUAGAACCGCUUUUCAAAUGGAGAAACAUGCAUUUUUAAAGUCUUUUUCUCAGGGUAUAUUACUAGCAGUUCCAGGAUUACUUAUAAACUGUCUUCUAACUGCAUUUUUGGCUGUGAAAGUAUAUCCUUAUAACUGGGACUGGUAUACUGGCAUGCUGUUUGGAGCAAUUCUUAGCUCCACAGAUUCCACCGUAACUACCGAUUUGCUGAAAAAUUUAGGUACUUCCAGAGCUCUCACUCAAAUAGUUUCAAGUGAACCUUUGUUUAAUGAUGGCACUUCGGUAGUUUUAUUUGAAGUUUUCCGAUCUCUUGCUAUUAAUCUCCUUUUAGCCUCAAUGCUUGCCAUAGAAUUCAUAUUAAAAUUUCUUGCAAGCCCUGUUUUUGGAUAUCUCAUGGCAAUGUUUCUCAUAUUUUGGUUGUCACACAUUUUGGAAGAUGGAUUAGCAGAAGUCAGCAUAAGCCUGGCCAUGACAUACAUUACCUUCUAUGUUGGUGAAUGGACUGGAAUGUCUGGAGUCAUUUCUGUUGCAAGCAUGGGUAUUAAGUUGAACACUGUACACUUUAGUCCAGGGAUUGAAGUAUUUCUGCUUCGAUUUUGGGACAUGCUAACAUACCUUGUCAAUACCCUUAUCUUUGUUAUUGCUGGCGUUCUAAUUGCUGAGCGAUGUUUUGAACAUUUGUCACCUAAUGAUGGAUUUUAUAUUCUUAUACUCUACUGUGCUGUAAACAUCAUACGGUUCAUUAUGAUUGUGGUUCUGUCUCCUUUAUUGUCUCACUUGGGAUAUGGAUUUAACUGGCACUGGGCAGCGGUUACAGUCUGGAGUGGAAUAAGAGGAGUUUUUGCUUUAAACUUGGCAUUAAUAGCAUUUCAGUCAAAUGAAUUAGACCAAGUAAAUGUAAGAAAUAAGAUAUUGCUCCACUCAUCAGGAACGGUGAUUUUGACAUUAUUGGUCAACGCAACAACAAUGGAGUCAGUGCUCCUAAAGCUAGGGUUAUCUGAUAUUCCAACUGCCAAACGUAUGGCCAUGUACAAUGCUGUAAAAUGUAUUCAGGAAAGUAAAGAAAAUACUUUAUUUAUGUUAAAAAUGGACAGAUUUAUGGCUAAUGCAAACUGGGCUAUGGUUGAAGAAGCAGUUCAAAUUGAAGACCCAUACAAAACCACAGAUUCCGAUAUAAAAAUCGAAGAGUUUUCCAUAGUGCCUAGAACAGGUAGAUGCCCUGAUUGUGACAAAACCUUUACAUGUGAACCAUCACCUCAUGAGCUUGCAGAUAUGAUGGAGGAAGCACGACUGCGAAUCUUAAAAGUGCAGAAAACAAGUUACUGGAAACAAUAUAAUACUGGGAUGUUGAACCGAGAAUCUGCAAGAACCUUAAUUAACAUGACAGAGAGCCUCACUGAUGAAUCAGGAAAGUUUAUUUCUAUUCUUGAUAUGAAGAAAUUCUGGGAUAUAAAAGGAGUCCAUUCUUUCCUUAAAAAAAAAUUAGAUGAUUGGCUACAUGAAAGAACAAAAAUAACAGUGCCACCAAAAAAUAAAAUUCUGAAGAUGUGCUACAAAAUUGUCUUCAACUCUGUUUUUGACAAUUUUAUAUUUGCCAUAAUUUUGCUGAACAUGUUCCCUAUUUUAUUGGAAUGCAUUCCCAUGACAAACAUUGAGUAUGUUGAAGAGCUAAGAAUAACUAAUGACAUUUUUUUUGCUUUGUAUCUACUGGAAAUUGUACUAAAGGCUUCGGCAAUGAGAAAUGAAUAUAUAUCCAAUCACUGGAACCAGUUUGAUAUACUCCUUAUAGUAAUAGGAAUGAUAGACAUCAUUAUUGAUCGCCUGCACAGUCAUGCAAUUAUUGGCAUGCAUGUGUUUAGUACCAUAAGAGUAUUCAAGGUGUUCCGCCUCAUAAGAGCAUUGCGUCUUCUCAAGAUUCUAUUGCCAAAAUUAAUAACCAUAGUGGACAAUCGAAUUAAUAAGCAACUUGCUUUUGGUUAUGAGAUUACAAAGGGCUAUAUUCUUGGAGAAGAAGAUACUAGCAAGCUGAUUGAUCAGAUUUCUGACCAUAAGUUAACAGCUGAGCGACUGAAGAAUACAAUUGAUAUGAAUAGACAAGAAGUUAUUAAAGAGUUAGGCUUUUUACAAGGAUAUCAUCCAGAGACUGUCAUUUCAGUGAAAACAAGACAAUCUAUUCGAAUAAUUUUAAAUAAUGCAAGCGAUACAAUUCAAGUAUUAAUGUCAACUGGUCUCCUUGAUGACUUUGAAGCAAAGAAGUUACAGAAGAUGAUUGAAGCAAAAAUGAAGAAGCUAUCCUCAUUUCCUUUAGCUAUUGCUCCACCAGUGGCAGAUGAUCUUCUAGGAAGCGUUCCAUGGUUAGAAAACUCAAAAAAUGAAAUUCAGUACCUUAAGAAAAAAUCAAGAUUAUUAUCCUUUGAGACAGGAGAAAUCAUAAUAAUCAGAGGUCAAGAACCACAAGGAAUUUAUUUAAUUGUUUCAGGAAUGGUGAAGCUACAUGGUUCUCGACCACGUGUCAAGUAUGAAGAAGAAACGCAAAAUCAAAAUGAAGACUUAUCAUAUACAGAUUACAGAAGUAGUGGUUCAAUCAUUGGAGAACUCAACUGCUUAACAAAACAAAAAAUGCAAAUUACUGUUUUCUGUGAAAUUAAUGCUGAGAUGUACCUUAUCCCUAUUGCUGACCUGUUUGAAGCCUUUCAUGUUUUUUCUGAGCAUCCUUCUCUGCAAUAUAAAAUGUGGAGAGCAAUAGGAGUACGUAUUAGCAUUGAUGCUUUCAUGGAAAACACAGCAUACCAGACAUGGACAUACCACAAGAUGUGUGCCUAUGUAGCUCAUUCAUACAUUCUUAAUGUGGACCUAAAGAAGACAUAUGAUGUAUAUGAUGGAGGUAUGGAAGAUGUUGUACUUUUUUAUGGGACUGUUGAAGACUGCCAGACAGAAAAUACUUUUGUUGCACCGUGCAUAUUACCCAAAACUACUCAUCAGGUACGGGGUACAUCAAGAUGUACAAAAUUGCUUAUUGUGCCAUCUGUCUAUGGAAAAGUAAAAGAAACCCACAAUGCAAAGCUCUCUAAUACUGACAGUGUUCCAUGCUUACGUCAUGCAGCAGCUCGUAGACGUGGGACACAUUUUGUAGUAAAGGUGUACUGCUUGUGCUUUAUUUUGAAAGACACUAUGUGGGAAAUUGUAACUGUGUAUGCUGCUUUUGAGCACUUGUCUGACAUCUAA